AUGUCCUGGGGAAACCACUCAGUGUGGAUGGAAUUCGUGUUCCUGGCCUAUCCCUCCAGGUCAGAGCCGCGCGCCUUGGCCUUCCUUGGGGUCAGCCUGGUUUAUACAUGGGUCAUCACCGGGAACGUCCUCAUUAUGGUGGCCAUUCAGGCUGAAGCCCGCCUCCACACACCCAUGUACUAUUUCCUGGGCAGCCUCUCGGGAGUGGAGAUCGGCUACACGGCUGCGGUGGUGCCCCACCUCCUGGUCAACACCCUGCGGGCAGAGAAGACCAUCACCCUGCUGGGCUGGGCCACUCAGAUGGGCUUCUUCAUCGGACUGGGCGGUGCCGACUGCCUCCUCUUGGCCUCCAUGGCCUACGACCGCCACGCUGCCAUCUGCCACUCCCUGCGGUACCCUCUCAUCAUGCCUGGGACGCUCUGCGCCCGCUUGGUGGCGGCCUCCGUGGUCCUCGGCCUCUGCCUGUCCUUCCAGCUGGCGGCCUCUGUCUUCUCUCUGCCCUUCUGCCCAGCUCGGGGCAUUCAGCACUUUUACUGCGAUGUACCCCCCGUGAUGCGUCUCGUUUGCGCCCAGAGCCACAGGCAUGAACAAUCAGUGCUGGUGGCGGCCACGCUGGCCAUCGCGGGGCCUUUCCUCCUGAUCGCCGCCUCCUAUGCCUCCAUCGCGGCCGCGGUGCUCCGGGCCCCCUCGGCCGCGGGCCGCCGCCGGGCCUUCUCCACCUGCUCGGGGCAUUCAGCACUUUUACUGCGAUGUGCCCCCCGUGAUGCGUCUCGUUUGUGCCCAGAGCCACAGGCAUGA